AUAUCAAGAAUGUUUUCAUUAGCAACUGCUUUAAGUUGGAGCAUUUGAAGAAAUUAUGAAAUUUUCUACGUGUAUUAUUUUUAUUUGUUUCCAAUGCCUUUUCGUUCUGUUAAAUGGCUUAACAGGUUUCUUUCAUAUUUUAUUAUUUUAUAUGGGUUCUUAAUUGACAAAGGAUUAUAAAAAUUUUAUCAUCUUUCUUGGAUUAAAUUAAACUAAAGUUUCUUAAACUUCUUAAAUUCUCUAUCUCCAUCUACAUAUCUAUCUCUUUCUCUUUAGAAAAUGAAAUGAAAAACCUGGUGGAUCUCCAGUUAAAAGAUAUAAAGUACGAUGAAAUCUUUGCUGGCUCGGGUUUUCCACCUGCAAGAUCUUGUGCAGAGGACAGCGUAGGAAUUCAGAUUUUUGACCUAAAAAAAUCCGAAUUUGACGAUACGAACAAUAAUAACGGCGCACAUAAGGGUAAACUUACCGAGGGUCUACGACUAGGAAUUAAUAGAUAUUGCACUUUAAACAGCUGUCCAUCCGGUGGAGAAUCGAUCAAAGAUUCAGAUGUCACUUAUGGACCUGACGUUGUCGAGCGCAGUAAUAACCUAUAUUUGAGCGUAUGUAUUGUUCGUUCAAGUCUUAGAUUUGGAAAUGCGGCUUCUUUGUUUUCAAGACAACAACUGCGAGAAAUAUUAGCAGACUCCGUCACUAUAUCUGAAAUCCGAACUGUUUUUCCUAAAAGGCUAAUAGUUGCAGAUCCGCCAAAGUCAAAGGGUUUGAAAGGAUGGCAAAUAGCUCUAAUAGCUGUUGGAUGUGUAGCUUUUGUAGCUCUUAUUGCUGGAGCAAUAAUAUUUGCGAAGAAGAAGAAGAACUCAGCAGUUCAAGAUAAUUCUUAA